AUGACUCGUUUCUGGAUUUUAAUAUUAUUAAUCAGCACCAUGGAUACAGUCCUGUCUGGUAUACGCUGGGUUUCUGCAGACUCCUGCAACGACUCAAAAGUGUAUCAGCCUGAAAAAGAGCUCAAUGUGCAUAUCGGAAACUCGGUUCAACUGCAGUGCUGCCAUUUUGGAAAAAAAGGGAAAGAAAUAAUCUGGUUUAGGCAACAAAAUGAAAGCCAGCCUCAGUUUAUAGUCAGAUUUGAUUUAACAUCUGGAGUCAAAUUUUACAAUAAAUUCCAAAAUUCACGUUUCCAGAUUAAAAAACAUGGCAACUGCUUCAAUCUGACCAUUUUAAACACCACAGUGUCUGAUGAAGCCACGUACUACUGUGCACUUGUGUUUUCAGAUGGAACUCAUUUAAAAAUUAAAGGAACAUCUAAACCAGCUGUGUGUGAUAGCUCAGUGGUGUGUGAAGCAACACCGCAUAAAAACACCACUAACAUAAACACACAAGAGAAAAUCGUGCUCGCUUUGGGAUCGGCUUUGGGUUUGUGUUUGCUUCUGAUUUUCUGUCUCACUUAUUUCAUAUUGAGGAAAAGAAAAUGUAAGAAAAUGAACACGUCUAUAGAAGAUUCUCCAGGCCUGAAGCAGGAAUCGGACUCUGAAUCACUGCAUUAUGCAGCUUUACAAUUCACGAAGAGGAAAACCAAGGCUCAGAAAAGAGACGCCACAUUACAGGAGGACUGUGUGUAUUCUGGAGUGUAUUCUGGAAUGCAUUCAAUGUGAAUUAUGGAGUAAAAUAAAUCUGUAUGUAACAUUAAUUAUCACAGGAUUUAUUUCUGCUCACAUGAGUUAUAGUGUCCAGUGUUUAACUUCAACAAACAAAUGUGAUGAAGACUUUUCUUAAUAAAUGUACAUAAUUAUAUAAAAAGGUUAAACCCACGUUUGCUGUAAGUUACUUCAGAUAAAAUGAUGUCUGUUGAUGUAGAUGGGGGGAAAAGAAGCACAUCUUAGAUUAAAAGAUAUUUAGGAUAUUUUGGAGAUAAAAAACGCUUUUGAACGUGUGCUUUUUUUCUAAAUGUUAUUAAAACUUACCAGUAAACCGG